CGGCGGUGGGACUAGGGGGAAGGAUUGGUGCUGGGAGAAAGCGUCACUCUUAUCUAGGCCUGGUAUUGCGGCGGUUGGGCUCUGGAGGUGAAGGGCAGCUCUCCGCGGCAUGUGUAUGUGGAGUGACUGGGUGGGCCGCCUGGAGAUGAGACACCCAUCGGGCCUGGUUGCCGUCAUAACCGGAGGAGCCUCGGGCUUAGGCCUGGCCACGGCGGAGCGACUGGUGGGGCAGGGGGCCACUGCUGUGCUUCUAGACCUGCCCAACUCGGAUGGGGAGACCCAGGCCAAGAAGUUAGGGAAGAGCUGCGCCUUCGCCCCAGCCGACGUGACCUCAGAGAAGGACGUGCAAGCAGCCCUGACUCUAGCAAAAGAAAAGUUUGGCCGUGUGGAUGUGGCAGUCAACUGUGCAGGCAUUGCAGUGGCCAUCAAGACAUACAACUUAAAGAAGAGCCGGGCCCAUACCUUGGAUGACUUCCAGCGAGUUCUCAAUGUGAAUCUCGUAGGCACCUUCAAUGUGAUCCGCCUGGUGGCUGGUGAGAUGGGCCAGAAUGAACCAGAUCAGGGAGGCCAGCGUGGAGUUAUCAUCAACACUGCCAGCGUGGCUGCCUUUGAGGGCCAGGUUGGACAAGCUGCAUACUCUGCUUCCAAGGGGGGCAUAGUGGGCAUGACACUGCCCAUUGCUCGGGAUCUGGCGCCCAUGGGCAUCCGGGUGAUGACCAUUGCUCCAGGCCUAUUUGGCACCCCACUGCUGACCAGCCUCCCAGAGAAAGUGCGCAACUUCCUGGCCAGCCAGGUGCCCUUCCCGAGCCGACUGGGCGACCCUGCUGAGUAUGCUCAUCUGGUACAGGCCAUCAUUGAGAACCCAUUCAUCAAUGGAGAGGUCAUCCGGCUGGAUGGGGCCAUCCGCAUGCAGCCUUAAAGAGGGCAGAGAAAACACAUGGUCCUCUGCUCCUCCUUCCACUGGAGUAUUAUACUCCAGCUUGGGAGGAAGCCCAGUAGCCAUUUUGUGACUGCCCACCAGUCACCCUCUGUGCCUAAUAAAGUGUCUAUUUCUCAUAGGGA